CUCGGCGCUUACUCUCGCUUUUUGGAUGCCAGAAAGGGGGUUAAAUUAGGGGCUUGGCGUGGAAUCCGCUGCAAUGUGACGGCCCGUGAUCCUUCGCGUCGCGGAACCUGCCUGCUCUGCGCGGCACAGCGGAGAGAUGACCCUUCGCACAGCACAAGAUGAUUGCCUCAGUUUGCCAAUCACCAGAGUCCUCAUCAAAUAUGCCACCUCACUCACCCUUAGUUGAGGUACACGAAUAACCAACAUACCUUGGGUAGACUACGGUAACUACGGUAGUUGCCAUGGCAAAUGUGAUUGGGUGGAGUAGAGAGGACCUGGAGCGACUCCAACCCGUCGAUGUCUCCCCCUGGAAUGCGCUGCACCCGGUACAAAGCCAGCCCAAUCAACAGUCCAACCCGCAGCAGACCCCUCAGCAAUUGCACACGCUGGACGACACAUCCGGGAAUUGGCAAGAGCUUCCCAUUCCUUACUCACCGCCUGAAAAGAUCCCGUCACCCCCCAAGGCCCCUGUUGAGGGCGUGGAACAACAACAUGGAGAGACCAGGGGAUCAGGGAAGAUACUGGGGUUGCGCAGGACGACGUUCUUCUUGACAGUCAGCAACAUCUUGCUCGCCAUUGCACUCAUCGUGCUUGGGGUGGUACAGAGUCAAGUGUUGAGGAGCAGCAGUGGCACUGCCACAUCACUUCCAGCGGGAUUGGAUGCACAGCAGUCUUCUUGUCCGAGUAUCGGUUCCAGUCCCUCCAUAACUGGUAGCGUCGCGUCAACAUCAACCUCGGCAACGGCAGCGGCAGCGCCCACGGGUAAGGUCUGUUUCGCCACCGACAAGUCCAUCACCAGCGCCGUCGCCCUGGGCGACGUCAUCAGCGAGUGCCCGCUGCCCGAUGGCAAGGCGAACUACACGGUACCCGGCACGGGCCUCACGUUCGAGCGUGUGUGCGAGACGGACUACCCCAGCGACGACUUGGCAUGGUUCCCCGUCAUCUCCAUGCUCGACUGCAUCCACCUCUGCGCCCAGCUCAACCUGUAUCCCGCCUCGGCCAGGGGACGCUGUGUGGGUGUGUCAUGGGUGUAUGCUGACGGGCCGCAGGGGACGGGCCUUAGUUUCUGUUAUCCCAAGAGCGCCACGAACCGGUCACAGACACGGGCGGCGACGGAGAGCGCCAGACUCAUUGUCGAGUAACAUAGGUGUCCUUCAUACAUACGUGCACUUGUUGAUAGCUGGUCUCUUAUCUUGUUCUAGAGCUGUUUUCUACUGUAUUGUACAAGGCUACUUGUUUUCUUGACGACGUUGUUGUCUGUUAUCCUAUUGAUCCGUUGUUCAGUAAUUCAUGUUUGAGCGGCAGACUAAUGAACAUGUCCUAAAGCAUGGGAUAUGAAUUGAACGAAUCAUCC